UGAAAUUUAUUUCAUUUUCGCCUUCAUUCAGCUACUUAUCGGUGUCAAUUGGGUGCCUAUCGCUUGACGGCUCACGCACAGUUCGUGCCAGUAGUAGAAGAACAUGUUCUGGGUGGUAAUUCUAUAAAAACGGCUUACCGGGGGAUGUAAAGUUGUUCAUAGAUAAAAAAAAAUACUGCGAAAGAGUGUGGAAACUCGUCUUUCCCUCCUUAACGUGACAAACGGUGGGCACUUCAGACUGUAGGUAUGUGGAAAUGUUAAUCCGAAUGUUUCCAGUGGCAAUAGUAUAUAAACUUGGAGUUUUGGAAAAUUAGUCAAGUUUGACUGUGACUGCGAGUUGACCACGAGUUAGACAAUCUACAAUUAAAUAAGAAUUUCAAUUCAGUGCCAUAAACGAUUCUAGUCCCAAGCAAUGUCACUCAAAUUUAUUUUCGCUGUAGUUCUAUCAGUGAUUUCUAGUUCUGCUGCUUUACCUCAGUAUGGGUACGCUACUUCACAUCAGAUCUCCAGUAUUCAGCAUCACAUUGCUCCGGUUCAUCAUGUGGCCGCCAUCCAUGCCACUCCUAUCCAACACACAAUUCUGAAACAAGUAGAACAUAAUGCGCCAGCAAAUUACGAAUUUUCUUACUCCGUUCACGAUGAACACACGGGAGAUGUUAAGAGCCAGCAGGAGAAACGUCUUGGAGACGAAGUCCACGGGCAAUACAGUCUGAUCGAUUCGGACGGACACCAGCGUAUUGUCGAUUACCAUGCUGACCAUCACAACGGAUUCAACGCAGUGGUUCGUCGCGUUCCCACCAAUGUGAAAAUUGUUCAGCCAUUGCACAGACUGGUGGCUCAGCCUAUUCAGCUGGCGCAUGCCACCAUCUCGCAUGGUGUUGUUCCAGUUGCUCACCACAUUCAAGGACAUCAUGCUACCAGUUACAGUAGCCAGCACCGAUACUAGUCGUUCGCGGGAUUUGAUUGACUAUUGAUAAAACUGUGAAAAGAGUAGUAAAAUAAACUGCAAUGUUUAAUGACAUGUUUUA